AUGCAGACUAAUUUUGACGACGGCUUGCCCGUCAAUUUCGCCCCCCAUUACAGCCCGCUGGGCCCUAGACCAAACCGUUCGGCACAAGCAGCCGCUAGGUUGGCUGACCUGACCACCAUAGACACCUAUUAUAUCCAACCGCCAAGUCUUGGUGUCGGUGAAACUACCCAGCACCGUCAUCCCCAGUCAUCCCAGUCGCCGGAUCUGUACGGUCCACCCCUCAACACCUCUCUCCCGUCGUACCAGCCGUCGAUACUUCAAGUCCCCACCUCCUCGUCGCAAGGUAUAUGGGCCACGCCACCGUCUACUACCUGUGAGGUAGAAGACAUUGAACGUUGCUCUUUCCGCGGCUCGCCUGCUAGUGGCGUUGGUGGGAUUCCGCCGGGUGCCCGGGGCUCGGUUGGGCCAUCCAUAGCUAGCUCCGAAAGCUGGUCUCCUAGCACGCAGCAGCUCAGCUUUCACGGCUCGUUUCUCAGCGACCCUAGCAUGAAUUCGGAAUACACUGUUCAGCCGCACGCGCCGGAGCAGUACGAGCAAGAUGUCGCGGACCAGACGGCGUCGCUUUCGCUGUACGGAGACCCUAGCAUAGCCGUAACUAACGACCACAAUGCGAUCCACAGUGUACAGGCCGCACCAAACGACGUACCUCACUCCAGUCCCCAACCGAUCUCCCAGCACCAAACGCAGGUAAAGGAGGGCCUCGGCGCCGAGUAUAGUAUCAAUUCGGGAAACGAGCCGCAUGAGCCGGCUCGGGCGGGCCAGCAGAAUGCCGACGACGUAGCAAGGACGGAAGAGCCAUAUGCCGUGCUGAUACACCGAGCCUUCAUGAGUCGAGAGACCCAUGCGAUGACCUUGCAAGAGCUCUACCAGUGGUUCCGAGAGAACACCGAUAAGGGAAAGAGUGAGAAUAAAGGCUGGCAGAACAGCAUCCGGCACAACCUAAGUAUGAACCACGCAUUUAUCAAGCGAGACCGUCAGCCAAGGCCUGGAGAACCCCUAACUGAGUCAGGGGAGCCCAAGAAAUCGACAGAAUGGGUGCUCGAGGACUGGGCCGUGCAAGGUGUGCAGAGCACGACGCGUUACCGCAGCAAAGGGACAUCCAAUCGUCGGGGUGGUGCUCUAGGAUCCCACGGACGCUCUCGCGCAAACCUCUCCGGACGUGCCAACUCGGGCCGCAAGGGCGGACUUAGUGCCAGCAAGUCUAAAGCGGCCAGCAGAAGGGCGACCCUGAUCCAACGCCGGAACGAUGUAGCGGCCGACCGUGCCAGCAGCAGCAGCAGCAUGACCACUCUGACAGGAACUACGCAGCACCACCCCGUGCGUGACAUGAUGUAUAAUCAACAACACAUGGGAUUUCAGUAUCCGUUGCCCAACUUUCGAACCGAGUCAGCAACACCUGCCAACCCAGUGGUUGCAAACGAGAUGCUAUUCACGCCCCCACUACACCCCGCUGGACUCCCGGCUACGGAUUCUCAUCACAGUUUCGCGUAUCCCCACAAUUUCCAGUACAGUCAAAGCCAUCAUGCAGGUUAUCAUCAUAGCAGCAGCUUCUAUAAUUUCGGAGAUGUGACGGGAAUCUACCAACAACCACUGCCAAGUUCUGGGCAGGCAAGCCACGAACAAGCAUCGUCGUCAAUCAUUAAUGCAAGCCUCAGUGGCAUGUUCCCCGAUGCAUCGGAGAUGCGGGACAGCAAUGUUUCCUUCGCCUACUGGCAAGAUCGAGAGAACGGCAAUGUUUACGAGCCGUGAUUUAUUUACUCGAUACCCCCAUUCCCUUGCGGGGACGGAGCCAUUCUAUGCUGCUCCUUUUUUUUCCCCUUUUGUUCUUCUUUGAUUUCGGUUAUUUUUUUUUCUUCUCGCCUUUUUCCGUGUAACGACGCUAUGAACAGAUGCCGGUAGCUGUACCCGGGAUGCCAGGCCAUCCAACAGAAAUGCAUAGUGGUGGAGACUCCAACACCCUACAAUCUAUACCCUUAUAUCACCAGUAGGAACCCGGGAAGAAGGGAGAAAAAAAGAAAAUCUCAAUACCACCAUCGUCUUCUCCCUGUCUCACUCGCAGGAUGGCACCACCAACAUA